ACGGGGACGACGUGUGCCCCGCUGAACUGUCGCGCUUGGACUCAGGCACGUGACUGGUUCCAGCAACAGCCCGCUCCCGUGACCGGCUCUGCCCGCAUUCCUGCCCUGUGCCAGGUCUCUGGCUCCCCUGAACCGUGCCCACGGGCCCGUCGGUAGGCAGCACUCACCCCAUCAGCCUGCUCGGGCCAGCGGGGAACGUCCGGGCCAUCGGAGCUCGGCCAGAGUAGUGUCCCAGGACACAUCACACCAUUUCCCCAUGAUGCCUUCAUCUGCCCAUGAAUGAGGGAUGAGGAAUCGGGGAGAAUCACCAUGUGCUUACAACUCUCCAAAUGGAGAAACCAAGGGCUACUCCCAGGAAUUCUCCUUAGAAGAAAGACUUGCACAUCCCAAGGAGUAUAAGCCGUGUGGACAGGAGAUGGUGUCACAGGCACCACUUGUCACAGUAGAGCUCCAGCGAGAUGGAGAACUACAAACUCCAUAUCCCACACUCUUUGCAGCUAGGGAUCCACGUGGGACCUGGGCUCCAUCAAGCAGGCACACCCUAUAGAACUUGCAAGAAGGAAGAGAACUCCAUCAGGACUUCCAUAAUCGUACAAAUCUAACACGAAGUAAAACUGCGCCUCUCCGGGGAGAAACUACAACUUCCAGGGUUCCGCGGAUUGAAGGCUUGGGCUGUUCUCGGAGGCAAACUACAAUUCCCAGAAUUCCGUUAACCAAGGGGAGGUUCUGGCCUAGGGUCCGAGCAGCUGAGCUCGCGAGCCUGCGCACGUGCACUGGCUGCCGCGCCGGGCUCGCCAGCCAAGCAGGCGCAAGGCCGGCACCCGCGAGCCCCGGCGGCGGCGGCGGCGGUGGGGUGGGUGCCGCGGGACCUGCCCUCCAUGCCUGGUCGUCCCGGGCUCGGGGCGGGGUCAGGAGGCGGCAGCGGCGGCUGAUUCAGCCAAAGCCGACUACGCGGAGGGCCCACCGGGACGCUUCAACGCCACGGAGCCCCGCCUGCGGGCUGCAGACCAGGACACGAAGGCUUAAGAAUUGGCCCAGGCAGACGCAGAAGGACAAAUACUACAUGAUACCACAUUUGAGGAAGUUGAGGCUUGAGGCGUUAAUCUGCCAAGAUCAUAAAACCAGCUCACACCUAGGAUCUAAAGGAAGACACUUAUUAGGUUGACCCUAAUUGCGUGAAAUUGCUGUUUUUGUACGUGACAAGCAGUCAGCUAUCAGUAUUCAUGAGGUUCAACGAAUACACCAUUUCUGACCUUCUCCACAACCCUGUGAGGUGGGUGCUGGGCUCUCGCUCUUGCUGAUGGGGAACCUGACUUCAGAAAGGCCAUGCCAUAAAGUCACGGAGCUGGGGUUUGAACCCGAGUCUGUCUGGCUUUUUAGCCUUAAACUUGCCUGGACAGCACACAUCCUCCUCUGGGAGCCACCGACCACCAGUAAUGCGGCAGGAACUCAGAGCCAGGUUGGUGUAGGGUGUGAUGUGACAAUUCCUGAGAUCAGGGGUCUCCAACAGAGCAGACCAGUCGGUCAGACUUCUUGGUGCGGUCGGUGCCCUGAGACCGAGGUGUGCUACCUGUCCCCCGCACCCCCCCUGCACCUUCCCUGCCCCCCUGUCGGGGAGGGUUAGCAGAAGGUGUGGCUGCUCUGGCAAGGUGAGAACUCCAGAGGACUUUCCUCAGGCAGGGGGAGGGAGGCUGCAAGGGAUGGAAAGGGCCUGCCCUCCCUAGCAGAGCCGUGCCCAAGGGGGUGAAGCGGGGCUCACGCACAUCAGACCUGGCCUGGCCCUAGCGGGUGGCAGCUGGGUGGAGCAGUGGACGGACUGGGCUGUGCGGGGAGCCACCUGCCUUCGCUGGACCCUGAACUCAGAAGCUGCGUGGCCAGGCCUGCAUGUGACCUGCCGCUCUCCCCAGCCUUCAGGAGGCAGCACUCGCCAGGAGUUUAGGAUGCCUCCAUUUUUAAUCCUGCCAUGUCGCAGAGUUGCUGGAUGAUUCGGGGCACCUCUCUAAGGCCUUUGCCGACCGUCAGCGUGCCCGCAGAGAUGGGUCGAGCCCGCCAGGCCUGUGGCACUCCCCGGGCGCUGUCCUGUCACUAGGGCCCCGUGGUGGCAUUAGGAUGCACCUGUCGGCGGUGUUCAACGCCCUCCUGGUGUCCGUGCUGGCAGCGGUCCUGUGGAAGCACGUGCGGCUGCGUGAGCAUGCGGCCGCUCUGGAGGAGGAGCUGGCCCUCGGCCGCCAGGCCCCGGAGCCGGGCCCCGCGCUGAGGAUCGACUACCCCAGGGCGCUGCAGACCCUGAUGGAGGGAGGCACACACAUGGUGUGCACGGGCCGCACGCACACUGACCGCCUCUGCCGCUUCGAGUGGCUGUGUUACUCCAGCGAGGCCGAGGAGUUCAUCUUCUUCCACGGCAACGCGUCCGUCAUGCUGCCCAACCUGGGCUCCCGGCGCUUCCAGCCGGCCCUGCUCGACCUGUCCACCGUGGAGGACCACAACACCCAGUACUUCAACUUCGUGGAGCUGCCGGCCGCCGCCCUGCGCUUCAUGCCGAAGCCCGUGUUUGUGCCUGACGUGGCGCUCCUCGCCAACCGGUUCAACCCCGACAACCUCAUGCACGUCUUCCACGACGACCUGCUGCCUCUCUUCUACACCCUGAGGCAGUUCCCCGGCUUGGCCCACGAGGCCCGGCUCUUCUUCAUGGAGGGCUGGAGCGAGGGCGCACACUUUGAGCUCUACAAGCUCCUCAGCCCGAAGCAGCCACUCCUGCGGGCACAGCUCAAGACCCUGGGCCGGCUGCUGUGCUUCUCCCAUGCCUUCGUGGGUCUCUCCAAGGUCACCACGUGGUACCAGUAUGGCUUCGUCCAGCCCCAGGGCCCCAAGGCUAACGUCCUGGUCUCGGGCAACGAGAUCCGGCAGUUCGCACGGUUCAUGAUGGAAAAGCUGAACGUGAGCCGGGCAGGGGCUCCCCUAGGCGAAGACUACAUUCUGGUCUUCAGCCGUACCCAGAACAGACUCAUCCUGAAUGAGGCAGAGCUGCUGCUGGCACUGGCCCAGGAGUUCCAGAUGAAGACGGUGACGGUGUCCCUGGAGGACCACGCCUUUGCAGAUGUCGUGCGGCUGGUCAGCAACGCCUCCAUGCUGGUCAGCAUGCACGGGGCCCAGCUGGUCACUGCCCUCUUCCUGCCCCGUGGGGCCACUGUGGUCGAGCUUUUCCCAUAUGCUGUCAAUCCCGACCACUAUACGCCCUAUAAGACGCUGGCCACGCUGCCUGGCAUGGACCUCCAGUACGUAGCCUGGCGGAACAUGAUGCCAGAGAACACAGUCACGCACCCUGAACGGCCCUGGGACCAGGGGGGCAUCGCUCACCUAGACCGGGCGGAGCAGGCCCGUAUCCUGCAAAGCCGCGAGGUCCCGCGGCAUCUCUGUUGCCGGAACCCUGAGUGGCUCUUCCGUAUCUACCAGGACACCAAGGUGGACAUCCCAUCCCUCAUCCAGACCAUACGGCGCGUGGUAAAGGGCCGGCCGGGGCCGCGGAAGCAGAAGUGGACUGUCGGCCUCUACCCAGGCAAGGUCCGGGAUGCGCGGUGCCAGGCGUCAGUGCAGGGCGCCUCCGAGGCGCGCCUCACCGUGUCCUGGCAGAUCCCGUGGAACCUCAAGUACCUGAAGGUGAGGGAGGUGAAGUACGAGGUGUGGCUCCAGGAGCAGGGCGAGAACACCUAUGUGCCUUACAUCCUGGCCCUGCAGAACCACACCUUCACCGAGAACAUCAAGCCUUUCACUACCUACUUGGUGUGGGUCCGCUGCAUCUUCAACAAGAUCCUCCUGGGACCCUUUGCAGAUGUGCUGGUGUGCAACACGUAGUGAGCGUGCUGUGGCCAGGCCUGGGUGGGGGUGUGGCUCCUCCAGCUCAGUGGCCCUGGGCCCACUAGCCCCGUGUGGUGGCUUCUGGGAAUUGUUUAUUUAUUGAGCAGGCCUGCCCCAGGCUUGUGCCCCCAUGUCAUCUUACUGCAUCUGGAGUGUGGGGUCCACAGUCCUCUUUGCCCUGGUACGAUGGGACCCUCCCAGCCCCCUUCUCCCAUCCUGAGCAUCCAGACCGUGGAGAAGGUCCUUAGCAGGAGGAGGAGGAGGAGGAGAAGGAAGAAGGAAAGUAAGAACCCUAAGGAGCCUCUGGCCGAGUAAUCGUGCCGUUCCCUACGGAAUCUUUCUGGUUGAUCUCCAGGUGUUUGGAAACUGUGAAUAGAUCACGUGGUUGCUUGGGUGGGUGGUUCAUCAGCUUCCGUCAUCAUGAAAUUCGCCUGUAGCACAGUGAAGGUGUGUGUGGAACAUUCAUUAAAUGAUUAUAAACAUCUUG